AAUCUCAAAUUAUUCACUAUUCCAAAACAAUCUUGUUCAAUAAUCACAAGCUAAGACGAAGUGAAAGAUGAUGGAAAUUGCAUCCAGCAACUACUUGGCUGAAUUUGGAAUAGAAGAAUAUUCUAGCAGCUUCCAGGAAUACCCGAUGAUGAUGAAUUCAUUUGAAGAAAUGCUUGAUAAGUUUGAGAUGGACAUGCAAUCUAUGUCAUCAGCCUACUCUGAAACCAAACCACCACCACAUCAACUUCAAUCCCCUUUUAACACUGCCAUGCCUUCUAGAUCCGCCUCUCCAUCACCACCCAAACUUAUCUCCUUUGAGGCACCGUCUCUUCCUAAUUCUUCCAACAUUAAGAACCCUAAUCUCAUGAUGGACGACCACAUUCACUUCUCUGCUUUCUUCAACCAUGAUAAUCCACCGCAUAAGGUCCUUCCCGCCACAGCUAGGAACCCAAUCCAAGCUCAGGAGCAUGUAAUCGCCGAAAGAAAACGCCGGGAAAAGCUCAGCCAGAGGUUCGUCGCUCUUUCCGCCAUGGUCCCUGGCCUCAAGAAGAUGGACAAGGCUUCAAUUUUAGGAGAUGCCAUAAAAUAUGUGAAGCAACUACAGGAACGAGUGCAGUUUUUGGAGGAGGAGAAGGCUAGAAAGAAAACUAUGGUUGAAUCAGGGGUGGCAGUAAAGAGAUGUUUCGUGUUUGUUGAAGAUGAAGAUAAUAAUGAGAACGAAAUUUCAGCAGCAGCAGCAUUAUUGGAUGGAAAUUGUAAUACACUUCCGGAAAUCAAAGCAAGAGUUAGUGGUAAAGACGUACUCAUCAGAAUCCACUGCCAUAAACAAGAGUGCAAGAACAGUAGGGGUGCUCGUGAGGCUGCAAUACUCUCCGUAUUAGAGAAGCAUAAUCUCACUGUUCACACAACCACCUCUUUGCCCUUCGGCAAUGACACUCUCGAUAUCACUAUUCUCGCUCAGAUGAAGAAGGAAUGCUCCAUUAGGACAAAGGAUCUAGUAGGAAGCCUACGGGUGGCAUUGACACAAUUCAGUUGAAGAUGGUGCAUGCAUGAUCAUCAUCAUGAUUACAGCAAUAAUAA